AUGCUCUCGUUCAACACAACAACGUCUGCAUCCAACUUUCAAUCUGCAUCAUCAAGAUAUUCCACAUCAUCAUCUCAAAAUGGUUCUAAACUAUUUCCUGGGCACUUCUAUCCCAGCGGACUGAGUCCAAGACAGUCGGAAGCCGUCGAACGACUACGACCCAAUCCACGCGAACGAACUAUUCCGAUUCAAAUCGAAAAGUCGUCGUUAGCGAAUCAGAAGUCAGAAGACGUGGUGCCAACUGUACAAAUCACAUCUCCAAAGCAAUCCAUUGUUCCGAACUUUGUCUCGGAGCAGCGUGGACUUCAGCAUCAACAACAACCUGCACCUCAAGCUCCAUCUAACUAUCGUCAAUUCGUGGCGGCUCCAAAAUCGCCACGUGGUUAUGGGGACUACCCAGAAAUCACUGGAAGGCCUCAGGCCGCCGUGCAAGUCCCAAUCCAGAUUAAUAGAGCUCCGAGUCCACAGGAAAAAGUGAUUCCAACAAUUGUAUCACCACAUCCAGUCUACUAUUAUGACAAUCAGGAACAGCCAAUUCAACAUAUUCGAGACGAGCAGCCAAAUGCCACGAUGGAGACCAAAGUCACCGGACAGGGUCAACCAAAACGUGUCGGACGCUGGACACUGGCUCAACUCCGUCAAACCGACGGAAUUAUUCCGAGCCAGGCCGGAUGGAACAAGGGAGACUCGCAGAAGUUGAUGACCAACUUUGGUACGCCAAGAAACACCAACACUCGUGUAAAGUCCGAGAAUCUUCAGGAAGUGCCAGAAGAUAUUGCCAACCGUUCCCAUGGAGAAGUCCGUCUUCAAUCCGGUACCAACAAGUACUGCUCGCAGAGAGGAAUGACUGGAUUCGGAUCCGGACGUGAUGUGUGCCGUGAGGGAGUCCGUGUCGCUCAGAAUCCAGCUGAUUUGGCUGAGCUGCCAGAGGAGAAGAUCCGUAUGUCGGAAGGAAUCGUCCGUCUUCAAGCUGGUACCAACAAAUACGACUCGCAAAAGGGAAUGACCGGAUUCGGUACUGGACGUCGUGAGACCACGAAGAUGGUCGACUCCAAGCAUCCAGAAUACGAUCACGAGAAGCCAGAUCAAUCUGAGAUUCCACUUCAAUCCGGAACCAACAAGUUCGCUUCUCAAAAGGGAAUGACCGGAUUCGGAACAGCCCGUCGUGAGACCACAAAGAUGGUCGACUCGAACCAUCCAGACUACUCUCACGAGUGCUCCAUCGAUCAAACCACAAUUCCAUCGCAGAUGGGAUCCAACCAGUACGCCUCCCAGAAGGGAAUGACCGGAUUCGGACAGCCACGUUGGGAAGUCUUGGACCCAUCCAUCUCCUGGCAAAACCGCAAAUCCCAGGGAAUGGUCCGUCUUCAAUCUGGUACCAACCGUUUCGCUUCUCAGGCUGGUAUGAUCGGCUUCGGAACAUGCAGAAACACGACAUUCGAGGCUGAGGGAGGAGAGCUUCCAUACGAGGCUAUGAAGGUUUCGGAGACCAUCAUUCCAAGUCAAGCUGGAUGGAAUAAGGGAGACUCUCAGAAGAAGAUGACAUCAUUCGGAGCACCACGUGACGUUAAGGGCAAGCACUUGAAGAGAAUCUGGGAGCUCGAAUAUCCAGAAGAGGCCGAGGUCUCUUUGGAUCGUCUCUAA